CGCGCCGCCGCCUGCCGCGUCCCCGGCCAGCCUCGCAGCCCCGUGGUCUGCUAGCGGCUAGCCACAGGUUGGGCGCCUCCUCCUCUUCUUGGUGCGUUUCUUAUUAGAUACGCUGGUUCAUGAGUUUAUUAUUCAAAUCCUUGAAUCGAAUCGAAUGCAUUGAUGGAUGAUCUUGCUGGUUUGGUUUGAAGAUGAGAUACCCCCUCUAUGAUUUCGGUCCUAGUCUGUCAUGCUUUGCGGAAUGGUGGUGGUGUCUGCCAUGAAUCAAGUGCUUGAACACAUGUGGAUGAGAAGCCGCUAAGCCUUCAAGUGCUGGAACACAUUGUUCUUGUACUCUGUACUCAGUACCUUCAAAAUACUCUGUUUCAUGGAAUGAUAUUUUUUCAUCUUGCUAAAACUUAAGAAAAACAAGUAACAUGCAUGAAUCGAAUACUCUAAGGUUCAGCUCCCUCCAUGUGUUGGAUACCAUUAAAUCUGCUCUCUUUGUACCCUACAUAUCUGGCACCAUUUUUAGGGUGAGUGAUGAUCUUUAGUGUGCAUUUUGUUGCUGUGGCUGGCGCCGUUCUGCUGAGUCCAAGGCCGAUUAAGUUUUAGAUCAUGUGAUUUAUUUUCCUACAUGGCUGAUUCAUCAGAUAAGCUUCCCUGUGCCUCCUAAAUUGAUUACCAGGUCACUGCCCUGGCAAUUUGUCCAAAUAAUUGCAUAACAGAAAAUGUUGUUGCAUAUAACAGAUAAAAGAUAUUGUUUUCUUUCAUAGAUGGUUUUAUCUAUCCGGUUGAAGUGGAAUAGUCAGCUAGCUAUUUUAAGCAGGAGACUUUCCUAGUUCUACCUCAGAUCAAAUAUCCAUUUGUGCCUUAGUUGGAUGCUAUAAUUGUUUCUUUUUUGUCCUAUAAAGCUUAUAACUUUCUCAUGCAUUUUCACCCUGUCAGCAGGGUUGAAAAACAAAUAACUCCACACCUUUUGUGUUGGUCCUACACACUGACAUACUGUUUGGAUCCUUGUUUUUAGAAUCCGUGAUGAUGUGUUACGAAUUUACUGCUUCGAGACUGGUUUGUACACUGUUGUACUUCUCUACUCUGUAUUUGUUCCCACAGGGUUAUUAUAGGAAAUGCAGUCAUGCUGUGCUUCUCUAGCCAAUAAGCCUUUGUUGCUCCUGUUCACUUGCAGCGGAGAGACCAGGAGCCAUGGUGAUCCCUCCACCAGCAAGGGCAGCUAGAGUCACCCGUUUCCUCAAGCCCUACCUGUUGAGGAUGCAUUUCUCAAACAAGUAUGUAUCUGCUCAGGUCGUCCACACCCCAACAGCAACUGUUGCAUGUUCUGCAAGCUCGCAGGAGAAGCUGUUGAGACCAAACAUGGAGUCGACCCGCGACGUCGCAGCAGCUGCAAAGAUUGGAAAGUUGCUCGGCGAGCGCCUGCUCCUCAAGGGAAUACCUGCAGUGUCCAUCCACAUGAAGAGAGAACAAAAGUACCAUGGGAAAGUGAAGGCCGUUAUAGAUUCAGUCAGAGAAGCUGGAGUCAAACUGUUGUGAUUGCGAUGUUGAAAACAUUGGACUUAGCAUUUGUGCAAUGGCUGAGCUGUAAUUUUUAAGUGUUUAUCAAUGCAAAAUGGCUGGACGUUGCUGUUCUGAAAUUCUGGGCCAAUUGUUACUCAGGUCAAUAAAGGACUUUGUUUGGACUUGAUGCAUUGUUUCCUUUGUGUAUUUGCGUGCGGCAUGGACCAGGAAUGUUAUACAUAUGAAUAUAUCGCUGUUUUCAUUUUUUAGGCAGU